CUUCAGUCAUGUCCCUCGCUAUACUCAUCAUAGAAAAGUAAAGGAAAUGUAUUUAAAAAUAUCAACUAAAAUAAGAGACAGAAUAGUAUUAUAAAUGUGAAAAAAUGUAUGGACUCUAAAAAAAUGAAAGAAACUGUCAGAUAAUCACGUGUGUCAAUUUAUAUAUUUACGCAUGUGCGCAAAGAUUUAUCCUGAUUUGUCCCUUCUAUCAACACGAAUGGGUUCGAAUUUCCUUGCGUUUGACGUCAUCGCCUCGAAGAAGCUCCGUUCGUUAUCAUCAGGUCCUUGAACCUUUUUCAGCACUUAUCAGUUUGUUCCAGACAAUUUUCAAGAGGCUUUCUUCACAAGAUAACGCGCUAGAUAUUCCACGAUUCGACGAAUAAAUCGCCUCUCAUUUGAAGCGUCCGAAUUUUUGAAUUUUGACAAGAUGUGCGUGUCGAUGACAGCCUUUAGUCGGCGAGGAUUUUUUUCGAGGGACAUCGCACAACUCAACAUUAAACAAUCAUGUUAUUCUAAUAAUCGCAAUAAUGCAUUGUCGCGAUAUUGCCCCACGUCGUUCACGUCAUGCAUCGUUGACAUCCUGAAUAAAAAGUUCUCUUCUAUGAAAACUCCAAUCUCUUCUGACGCUAUCAUCGAAGCUUUGACGAAGCAACAAGCAAAGGAACUGACUUUGAAGCUCACCUCGGAACAGCGUAAGCUGUUUUUGGCGGCAUUGAAUGAAUGCAAAUCAGAGGAGGAAAAAGCUGGCUAUAAAGGUCAAUUGGCAGCUUUCCGAUGGAGGAGCCAGCUUGGCAGACCUAGCAAAAUACCAUCACUGGGUGAGGUGGAUCCUACAGGAACCUUUUGUCCCAUGCCAGAUGACUGGUUAAGUCGCAAGUAUGUUGAAACCGUUCCAGAACCAACUACAAAAGAUCUGACGCUAGUCGCAAUUGCGAACGCAAUUCCAUUCGUUGGAUUUGGUUUUCUUGACAACUUCAUCAUGAUUGUUGCUGGCGAUCAAAUCGAAUUGAUCUUGAAUAGAAGGUUUCCGAUUUCGACCAUGGCAGCAGCCGCGUUGGGCAACACGGUAUCCGAUGUCAUUGGAAUCGGUUCAGUGCAUUAUGUUGAGAUGUUCGCUCAGAAAGUUGGCUUCAAAGCGCCCAAGUUGACAUUAGCACAAUUGAAUCUACCUAGGACACGAAUAGCAGCAAACUUGGGCCGAGUCAUCGGAGUUACGAUUGGAUGUCUCAUUGGUAUGACGCCUAUACCAAUAGCCGCGCUUUUCCGCAGUAGCUGAAUUGCUUGAAAAACGACUGAGAAAUGAAUUAAGUUAAUUUGCACAUGGGACUGUAAACAUUUCACUUAUAGUAAGCACUCUUUGUCUCAAAAAGGCCUAUAGACUUCUAUAAUUUUAAUGUUUAAUUGCCACAAUAACACAAUUUGUCUCACAACAAAUGUAUUUAAUAUAUAAAUGUAUAGGAUGUUAAUAUAUAUAAAUGAAUAGGCUGUAAAUGUAAAGAA